CCAGAGCGGCUCCCGACUCUCCCGCCAACGCGUGCACAUGUUCUCGACAUCUUGUCUCCCUGCGCCGAUUGCCGGCGCGCACCGAAGGGGUCGCCCCAGUCAGGCCGUUGACGUCCGCAGGCUGCUCGCGCAGAUGAGCACGUGGCUUGUGGAAGCGUCGCCGCCGCCGCUGUCAACGUUGCAUUUACGCGCCGCCGCUCUGACUCGAGCUGACUGGGCUCGGCGCCCAGGCCCAUGACGUGCCGCCCCGAGCUGGCAGCCCGCAUCAGCCAGGGCCGAUUCGGCGGCACUCAGCUUGUCGCAGCGGCCGGCAGCGGCCCAGCGGUGCUGACUGUCCUGGGGUGCGACAGCCUCAGCAGCGCGGAGUGGGACGAGGCGCUGCGCCAAGCCUCCGAGCUCGUAGGUUUGAGGCACCCCCACGUCGUGGCCGUCCGCGAGGCCUGGCGGGAGCCCCGCGGGCUCUGCGUGCUGACGGACCACGAGGCGGGCGGGACGGUCGCUGGGCGCCUGGCCGCCGCCAGGGCGAGCGGCGCGGCCCUGCCAGAGGCUCGGGCGGCGCAGUGGUUCACCCAGGCUUGCCUAGGGCUCGAGUACGUGCACCGCGUCGGCUUCCUCCACAGGGACCUGCGCGCUUGCCGCCUGCUGCUGACGCGGAGCGGCCACGCCAUCCUGGGAAGGCCGGCAUUGACACCCUUCCUGGCGAAGCAGCUAGAGGCAAAGGGGCCUGGCGCCGACAUGGACACCUUGCGGCACCUGAGCCCCGAGGUCAUGUCCGGGCAGAGCGCGCACAGCCGCGCGAGCGACAUGUGGGCGCUCGGCGUGGUGCUGUGCGAGAUGACAACCAUGCAGCACCCGUUCCCGCAGGAGCAACCCAGGAGCUUGGCCAAGGAGAUCGCCUCUGGACCCCUGCCCCCGCCUGCGCUCGGCCCGGGCGCCCCUGGCGGCGACCUCCGCGGCCUGUGCGCCUCGCUGCUGCAACGGGACGCUGCGGCGCGGCCCUCAGCGCCCACGGCGCUGCGUGCCAACCCGGCGCAGCGCUGCCUGCUCUCCCUCCUGGGCACGUCCUCGCCGCCUCGGCAGGUGCCCCCAGGGCUUCCCUCCGAGAUCCACGCCGUGGACCGCGGCGCCGAGCGUGCGGCGCCGUCUGUGCAGGGUCCGUGCCGUCCGCAGUCCAUGGAGGAUCCGUUUGGCCGUCCCGAGGCCUCUCGGCCCCGAGCGGGAUGUCAUAGCGGCGUAGCGCACACGCCUUGCGAGUCAGGCGCGGUUUCGCCGCUGACGAGCACCGCGCCCGCCUCCGCUCGCCGGGCGCUGCCGGCCGGCCGCGGGUUCCGCAUCGGCAGCGCGCCCCGGGCCAGCGACUUCGUGCGCCUGGGCAGGUCGAAUUUGGCGCUUGAGGCUGGCUCCAACCCGAAGAAGGUCACUCCGCCUUCGCCGCUGAUUGGCGCGGCAAGGAGGUGCGUGGCCGACGUGCUGGAGGAGACGCUGUUGGAAUUCCAUGCCUGCACUGUCAUGGCCGAGGACGCCCCGGCCGUCCUGGCCGCAGCUGGCGACUGAGCCUGGGCCCUGGCCGCGGCGGCCGAAGACUUGUCGGCCGCGCCCUCGGGCGGCACCCAUGGCGCACGCUGAUGGCCCGCAACGGUCGUGGCGGCAGCGCCGCCGCCGUCCGAUCUCCGCGGCUACAGCAAGGAGGCCCAGGGGGCGAGGAGGGGCACGCGACCAGCUGACGGGGCGCCUGCAUCCCGCUUCCUUCCAUCCUCCUCAAACAAGUCUAGACUUCUCCGCCGUGUCCCUGUCUGACUCUCGUGUCAACGCUCCGCCAACCU